AUGAUUAAAACUGAUGAUAAUUAUCAAUCGUAUCCUUUGGUUAAACAGUCCAAAGUACGAAAAUUACGUACAUAUACAUCAUCGACAAGUUGUAGUAGUGUCAGUGGAAGUUCAAUAAAUAAUUCACCAAAUGUUAAUAAACAUAAAAUAUAUCAUCAUCAUCGUCAUCAUCAUUAUCAUCAUCAAAGUGGUGAUGCAGAUGAGGGUUAUGCAAGUUUUACUACAAAUAGUACUACAUUAGGGAGUAAUAGUAGUACAACAUUAAAUAAAGAUGACAGUGCUUAUUAUACAUCUGUUUCGGAACGUUUAUUAACAACAACGUCAUCAUCAUCACCAUCAUCAAGAAUUAUUGUUGAAACUGAUUCAGAUAAAUCAGAAAUAUCUGAAGAAGAUGAUACAUUGAAAGAUUUAGUCGACUGGCCUUCACUUAAUAAACAAGUACAAACACUUGUUUCUCGUCUUGAUAAGUGGCUACAUAAUCCAUUGCCUGAUCGUUACAUUCCUAUUGAAAAAACUUAUGUUGAACAUGCAUAUCCAGUUUUACAUCGACGAUCGUCUUCAAUACCACUUUCAAUAAAUUUAGCUAUUGAAGAAACAGAGAAAGUUCCUAAUCAAUCAAAUUAUGUUGUUAAUUUUGUACAGAAUAAUGAUAGUCCUAAACAAAAACCAAUCGUAUCAUUCGAAGUUCCUCGACCUCGUGUACAUUUUAAUCUUCAAACGCAGCAGCUUCAACACUGUACAACUUGUUCAAGACUUAUUCAAUUAACUUCUUCAGUAACUAAUCAACGAUCAUUAAUCACAUGUCCAUACUGUGAACAAAUGUAUUGUAGCAAAACAUGUCAAAAAACUGAUUGGCCAAUACAUAAACGUCAAUGCAUUCUAUCAAAUUCAUAUUCAUGUUGUGGUCAUAUAUUACGUUUAAUGAAAAGCAAUAUUCAUUUAUUAAAACGUUUAAGUACUUUAGCAUCAAGUGGAUAUUUAUCAUCUGGACGUGGUGCUAUAUUACUUUAUUUUGAUAAUAUAAAAGAAGCUGAUGCAUAUGUACAAUCGAAUACAAUGGGAAAUACACGUUUAAUGGCUACUUAUUGGUCAGUAAUAGAUACACAAACAAAUCAAGCUAUAGAAAAUCUUCGUUUAACUGAAUAUGAACAUUUAAAAGAACUUUGUAUGAAUUAUAAUCCAAGUAGAGAAUUUGUUUGUCAUGUUACAAUUGGAGUAGAAGCAGAUAAAGGAAAUAAUACACGUUAUACAUGUGUUAGUCGAACAGCUGUUCAUAAAUUACUUGAUGUUUUACCAAAUUCUGAAUUAAAUUCAAAUUCAUCUAGUACAUAUCCUACUUUAUAUUUACCAUCAUUAAAUUAUGGUAAUAAUAAAAAUAAUCAUCAUAUGCGUCAAGUAUUUUUUGCUAAAUUACAAGUUGAAUUACGUGAACGUGGAAUUGAUAUAGAACAGCAUUAUCCUGAAUUGUAUAAUAAAUUAUGUGAUUAUAUAUCAACGAAUUCUGAUAAUGAUAAUAUUUUACCAUUUACACCUGUAUGUUUAUUUAUGAGACAUCGAUAUUCUCAACAAUUAUUUAUGUGUGUUAUAACACCAGAAUCUGAACCUGAUCGAUCAUGGCUAGUUGAUCGAUGUUUAAUUGAAAAACAUUUAACUACUUGUGAUAAUUGA